UUCUCUCUUUACGCUUUUGAUUACUCUGUCUUUUGUUAUCGUCCUUUUGCUUCCCUGUCUCGCCAUUUUUGUUUUUCCUUUCUAGGUUUUACUUGUUUGUUUGAACUAUGGCUUCAAUGCUGUUACUGGCUCUGGUUUUUGUGAUUGAUCUGGUUGCUUUCGCACUCGCUGUUGCUGCUGAGCAAAGGAGAAGCACUGCCACUGUUGAUAAUGAUGCAAAAGAAAGUUAUUGUGUUUAUGAUGAGGACAUUGCAACUGGUUUGGGUGUGGGUUCAUUCCUAUUCCUUCUUCUUAGUCAGCUACUAAUAAUGGUGGCUAGCCGAUGCUUAUGCUGUGGGAAGGCCAUGAGACCAAGUGGAUCUAGGGCAUGGGCAGUUGUCCUAUUUAUCACUUGUUGGGUGUUCUUUUUCAUUGCGGAGGCAUGCUUGCUGGCAGGGUCAGUGCGGAAUGCACAUCACACCAAGUACAAGAACUUCUUAAAUCAUCCCCCAUCAUGCGCUACAUUGAGAAAGGGUGUGUUUGGCGCUGGGGCUGCAUUUGUUUUCUUAACAGCCAUAGUCUCUGAACUUUACUAUGUGAGUUAUUCGAAGGCUGAUGAGGCAACAGUUAACUAUGGCAAAGACACCGGAGUGAGGAUGGGAAACCUAUAAAUGGAUAUGCACGGAGAAUGUCACAAGAAUUCUAAAUUUUUUAUUCAUUUUCGGUUGACCUUAAUGUUUUUGUUGUAGACAACAUGUUUGAUUAUCUAUAUGUAUCAUAACCAU